CAUGGCGUUCCUAGAGCAGCCUCCACCGUUGAGCGCACCGAGCAGGCUAAGCAGAAGGAGCUGCAACAGAUAGACCAGUACAAUGACUUGGUCCGACUCGUAAACACGAAGGUGUCCGAAAAGCAAUACACUGCCGAAACUCUGGCUCUGGUCUUAAAGCUUCUUACCCAAAAUCCCGAAUACUACACCAUCUGGAACCACCGCCGGCUGAUCCUGCAAGACACGUUCAGAAAUGCCCUCGCAGAGCCAUCGUCCGCAGAAUCUUCUCCCGAAUCAACUGCCCUUUCUCCGGGUCAACAGACUAUCCUAGACCACAUCGUUAACGAUCUUCGCUUUCUCGUGCCUCUCCUUCUCAAAUUCCCCAAAUGCUACUGGAUUUGGAACCACAGGCUCUGGCUGCUCGAGCAAUCUACUCAGCAUUUACCAGCCAGUCAUGCACGACACCUCUGGCAAGAAGAGCUCGGCCUUGUUGGCAAAAUGCUUAACCGAGACAGCCGCAACUUUCACGGUUGGAGCUACCGACGUAUCGUAGUAGCACACCUCGAGCAGCUUCCAGCGGCAGAGGUGAAAGGCACGACAAGCAUGGUGGAGCCCGAGUUCGCCUACACGACCAAGAUGAUCAACACCAACUUGUCCAACUUCUCCGCCUGGCACAACCGGAGUAAGCUAAUCCCGCGACUGCUGGCCGAGCGCAACGCCGACGCAUCCGCGCGCCGUGCCUUCCUCGCCGCGGAGUUUGCGUUUAUCCAGCGCGCGCUGUACACGGACCCGUACGACCAGUCACUGUGGUUCUAUCAUGCGUACCUCAUGAGUACUGUUGACCUGCGUACGCCAACUGAUGCACGCAUUUGCUUCGAACUCAAUAGUGGUAGCAGCUUGCCGGAGGAGACGUGCGAGGAGCAGCUUGAGAGCAUCAAGGACAUGAUGGAUGGUGCUGAAGACUGCAAGUGGAUUUAUCAGGCGCUGUUGUAUUGCGCGCUUGCGCUGAAGGCGGUUAAUCCCGACAGCACGAGCGUGUCGGAUAAUGAGAUGACGGUGUGGUUGGCUGAGCUGAGGAAGCUAGAUCCCUUACGCUCGGGGAGAUGGGAUGACUUGGGCAAGAUGCUGAAACUUUAAGUUUGUGGGUUUCUAGGUAGGGUAGACCAUUGAGAAUGCUACUUUGACUGUCAAUCAAUCACUUACUCGGAGCAAGAGCAUACAAAAUAGGUUCAUUGUUGAACGUUUGGAACCUGGCUUCGCCUCAGCUAAAUUAAUGCUUUAAUGCGACACCAGC